CCAUUAUCGAAUGCGUGAUCACAUUACAGCCGAGAAUGUGAGAUUCGCUCGAGAUUUUGAGACUGACCGAAGUAAAGAAGGGUAAGGUACAACUUAAUUUUCGUUUUUUCAAUUAAAAGAACAAAAUCCACGGGGAUUUCAUGUGAUAUCUGUGAACGCUUUCACAUGAGAACCCCGUGAAAGGCGAUUGCUUUUCAAAAUAUUUGACCGCCAUGUUUAGCCUUUGUGCUUAAAUGUGCGGCUUUGGCCGCCGUAAUUACUCGCUAUGCUUUCGCCCUCAAGUCUAACACAAAUGGUGAGUAGCAGGGGUUUAAAUAUGCGUAUUGCAACUAGACUCAUUUCUUUGGAAUGGUGUUUAAGUGAGUUUACUCACUGAACUUAACGACCAUUGUGUUGGGUUUGUAAUGAAAUAUGCUCUUAAAUGUGCAUACGGAUGGUUGGCAGCUGCGUGUGAGCGCUCAUAAAUUUCGAACUUUCUCCAUAAUUCAUAAUUUGACUCUUGAAAUUUCCUUUCUGUUCUUUUGAAGGAAUACUAAAGACCAUUUGAAGUAAGUUUCACAACAAUAGCACAGGACUUGCUUGCUGUGUACAAAUCGCCUUUGUGUGGAAUUUGACAGCAACAGGGUACAAGCUUGUUCACAUUUUAUGCUGACAUCGGUAACAAUGGAUUCAAAGUCUGUAAGUUUGAAACGAUUAUUUUAUCUAAGACGGCGGAAAUGCCAGAGACGUUUGCCUGAGCACAUCGCCAGUGGUUCUUUCAAACCAGUGCGCUGCAAUUUGCUGUUCCUCUUUUGUUUUUAUGCUUAAUCAUGCGAACACAAUAUAUAGUCAUGUUUAUAUUUCAUUCUCAUUUAUUUUGCUGUAUUUAUCAUGCUCAUAAGUUUCCAGUGCGCCUUCCUUAUUCAUUAAGAUUUUAAGGAAACAUUUUUGUGGUAAAGAAUCUAGAAACUUUGACUCGCUUCAUAAUAAUUAGUUUCGCUUCUUGUAAAGGGAAAAGUCCCUUGCUGAAUCCAAUCAGGUUUAGGGGAUGUUUAUCAAACUUCUGUUUUCGAAUGAGGUCGGAAUUAAAUCGUUCAAGCAUGGUGGGAAAAAAGGAACCAUCUGAAAUAAUGUUUUGACAGUAAACUCAAAGUUGUCGAAAGCUGCAGACUUUUUCCUUUUAAGUCGGAACACCAAGCAGUUAAAAUGGUAGGUGACGUUUAUUUCAAAGGAGUGUCUCAAAUGGCUAUAGGGUCUAAUCUGUGCAUUUUUACCCACUUAAGUCACUUGAAAUUUAUUCAUCUAGGGUACAAAACCAUGCUUUUAUUUGUGGAGAAACAGAAAGGAAAAUGUUAAAUACACACAUUGUGACUGUGAUAUAAAUUUUCUUCUUGGUUCUAAUUUCAUUUAUUUUAAACUACAUUCAAUUUGUAUUUUUGGUAUUCCUUUUGCUAUGAAUUUUAUUUUAGUACAGAUGAUGUAGUUUCUACAUUAAGAUCAUUAUCGUUGACCUUUUGGAGGAAAAUCUUUUGUUUUUGAGUUGCUUACUCUUGUGUAACCAAAUUGAAUUUGCAGAUCACAUUUCGAAAGUGAAAAUAAUAAAAUUGGGUAAACUAAUGUACUGCACUUUCACUCAGAGACCAACAGGAUAUUGAAGAAUUGCUUUGGGUCAUUGAUUUCCAUCCAAAUUGUCAAUAAACACUUUUAGACAAAAAUAACAAUCAUAGCCUGAUUUAGACUCAUUUCAGAUGUCAUAUCAACAAUAUAUCUCACAUGAUGCAUAUCUUAUUCUAAACUGUGUCAUAUCUAGCUCUUGAUGACUGACCCCAAAGGAAACAGUGAAUUUUGUUUCCUCCAGAUCCUCAAUUUUCCUCUAGGUUUGCCUUGGGGGACACUUAGCGUCUCAGGGAAACAAGAACUCACUGUUUCCCAUAGAGUCCUUCCUGAGGUGUGCUGAUAUCCCUCCCAACUAAAAAAUGGCUGCUCCUUCUAAAAUAUUAUUUCCUUAAUGCCAUUUAGCACACAAUGCGAUGUUGUUUUACGUAGACAAGCUGAUCACGUGCAAGUCAAAAGUUCAUGAGUUGUGACUCGUGGCAUGUGACAUGUUUCCCCAAUUGGAAAUCAUAUUUGAGUUGGUAAAACAUACUAGUAUAAAUUGAGUUGCUGAAGUUUAUUCAAAAGUGGCAAAGAGUGUAUUUAUGACAUGUGAUCUGGGGCCAAAAUUGUGUUGUGAAGUAUUAAUUUUACUGAAAGGCAAGUAUGAUUUUUGAAUUUACAUGUACGAGCAAGUGUGAGAUGUGAUUUGCCUCGUGCAUUAUACAUAACCUGUGAAUUGUUCUUCUUUUAAUGAAUCCUCAAGAUUUCUCUGAAACUUUUAACACACAAGAAGAGAGAUUUGAACUUUUCCCUUCUAUAUACAUGACACAGUAUUUUUUUUUUUAAAAUUAGUGUGUGAAACAGUAUCAAGAUCCCCCUUUGCUACCUUGUCAUUCACCAAAGUAUAUUCAACUCAGGCCCAGUCAAUGAAAUGGAGACACAGUUGCCCAAUAACUUGACUGAGCAAUAUGCAUUCUUAUCAUUACUAACUAUGGAUGAGUCCCAUACUUGAAAACAAGUUCCAGAUGGGAGACAUUAUUUUGUUGCAUAAUGGUUUGGAUAGUGGAAUCAAGCUCAAAAGAUGUGGAUUUCGCUUUUACAUGGGUCACUGUUUUGUGCUAUUGGGAAAGAUGCACUUUCAGUUACUAUAUAUAUAUAUAUAUAUAUAUAUACUGUAUUUGCUCAUGUAUAAGUCGAACUCGUGUAUAAGUUGACCCACCAUUUUCAAGGUCAAAAAUUGGAUUUUUCAUCAUUUCUAGUUAAAGACUGAGGUAAAAUUCAGACCAAUAGAAAUUCCCCAAAAAGUUAAUUUCUUAUUUCUGAGAAUGUAUUGAAAACAUGGGGAAUUAAAAAAUUAAAAAACUGCAGAGCAAACUGUAACUGUGUGCUGCAAAUUUAUUAACACUUGUAUUUAUUUCACCAUGAUCUAAGCAUAUACGAGCACUUCGAUUUGCUAAAAGAAGUAUUUAACCAAAUUUUGUAAAUUUCAUUGAAAAUGAUAUCUUCUUACAUUUAACUAACCUUUAUCUUAAUGUUGAGUUUGAAAGGAGAUUGAGUAGACCAAAGGAACACCAAAGAGCUUCAAAGGAUCGCGCAUAACAAAUAAGACCACAUGAGAGCUCAGCAUUCGCCAGGUCACUCAGCUACUGAAAUCCUUUGAUGAAAAUGAAAGUUCAGCACUGUAAAUAGCAUUGAAGCUGUAAGAAAAAAUGUUUGCUCUACAGAUCAGAACACACAAUUGAAAUCAGCUCCAAUAGCUUUGCAUUUAAGCCACUUGAAAUUUAUUAUUUAAAACUUUUUUAGUUGAUGAAGAAUGCACUGAAAACUGAUUACUUGAACAUAGUUGGAACUGGUUUUGUAACCUCAGUUUUCCAAAUGGACUUGAUGCAAUUGUUAUGCUAAUUUCUUGAAUUACUUGGGUCAGGUAUGUGUGUAUGGCUCAUGUAUAAGUCAAGGGUGUUUUUUUGGGCUGAAUUUUUGGUCAUAAAAGGUCGACUUGUACACAAGUAAAUAUGGUAUAUAUAUUUAUCUUGUAGUUUGAAAAGUCUGUGUAGUCUCUUAUGAAUAAUUUUGUUUAAAUUGUAUUUUUAGCUGUUCUCCAAAAGUUUGCCAAGUUUGAACAAGAAGGACAACACUAGUGGCAGUAAAGUUAGUCAGCCAAAUUCCUUUUCCAGCAAAAAGCUUGGUAUGGCAAGUGAGCCACUUUUGCUGUCAGCAGACUCAGAGUGUGAUGUAUCAGAAGUACCAGAAGUAAAGGAAUUGGAUGCUUCUCACAAUGGUUGUGAGCAAACUCCAAGUUAUGCCUGCCAGCCACACUAUUUGGUGGACAAAGGAAAUGGUCCAGGUUCAACAGAUUUCUACUUUUUCUGCUCACAACAGGGGCCAGUGAUUCAGGAGAACAGCUUUGAUGAUCGAAUGGGUGAAAUGAAAUUCAAGUCACAAAGCUUGCAACUGUUGACUUCAAUCUGUUCAAACAGUGCAAAUGAGGAAUCUCAGUUGUUGCCAAGGGAUAAAAACCAGAACUUCAAAAUAGUGCGAAAGUGUAGUUCUGUGUCAGUGUUAGAAAGUGUUGGAGUUACAAUUAAGCCUUUUAAGAAAAGUGUUAGGGAUCCUAGCAUUUCUUCAUCACUCAGCAAACUUACAGAUUUACGGGAGAGCUGUGGUUUAAUGUGCCGCAUUUGUCAUGGUGGCAGUGAGGAUGAAGAGCUCAUACAACCAUGCAAAUGCACUGGAACUGUAAAGUAUGCUCAUCAGAGUUGUAUACUGAACUGGGUUUCAAAAUCUGGACAUCAGAGUUGUGAGCUAUGCAAGUUUAAAUUCAAGACUAGGAAGGAAAGUGUGAAGUGCUUUUGGAGGGUACAGUAAACUUUUCUUUGUUUAUUACUCUUAAACUUUUGAAUGGAAUUACCAUUUGAUCCACCACCAAAUUCUCAGAAUGAACUUGUGAGGAAUGUUUAGCAUAUAGUAAGAAUAACUUUCAUGGAUGUAUUGGGAGGCUUUUUGAAAUGUUAGUCAUUAUGAACUGUUAUUUUUAGCACUACUAUCACCCCAGAUGAACAGACUGAAUGAAUCAUUGUUAGUAUCAGAAUGAAACCAAGUGUCAUAAUAUCCCCUAUGAUAAUCUUAGUUUUGUCAGGGGGAGGGGUAGGCCAAGGACAUACUGUAUCUUUUGACACUUACUAAGGCAUGGCAUGGUUGGAUAACACCCCAACAUUUUUUUGAGGUGCACAACAAGUAGAAUAACAGAGUAGCAAUUAACAAGUAAAACUUAAAUUUAUUUAGUGAAGAUCCUAUUAACAUAAUGGCAUGAUCCUUGCAGGCCAGUUUGUCAAUGACGUAAGUUGUAAUCUACAAGUUGUUGUAAAGAGUUUUAUAGAUUAUGGCUACCAUCAUUCAUGAAUCGUCAGGGAAUUUAAAAUUAUGAUGGUUCUAGCAGCCUUAGAACUAUUUAAAAAUCUAAAAGUUUUGUUCAUAUAUUCAAUUUUUUUCCACUCCUCUUUCUGCAGUGGUCUUUUCCUGAAGUAAGUACAAAGGGAUGGCUACACAUAGGACUUUUCAUUGCAUUUGCAACAAUGCUUUUGACUUCAGUCACAUGGAUCAUCUGGUCUCGUGUCAGCACUACUCCAUCUGCAAUUGCCGAACGUACAACAGAAGAAGUAAAGUUUGCUUAUAUGGUGAAUGGCUUAUUCAUUGCUCUAGCUGUCGGUGGCUUGUACUUUGAUAGUUUGAAGCAUUUUAAACAAUAUUCCAAACGAUGGGCAGCACUGAAUCAAAAUGUGGUAGUUGAAUGCUACACAACUGAAAACAACAAUGUCGUCCGAGGAGUCGAUGUGGCUUUAUUGCAGAGAGCACGUCCACAGCAGUCUUCAAACAGCUCAGCUGUGGAAGACACUGAGAGAGGUCAGACAUCAUCAAGUGACGGUGCUUCUAGAAAUAAUUCUGAAGCAUGGGUGUGAUGGCUUUACAGACUGAAGUUCAAAGAGCUGUUACCAACAAAUGAUAUCCAGGUUACAGCCUGUAUGCCAUUUCUUUAAUUUUACUUACACCUGACUGCCACGUGAACAAAUAUACAACUUCUUCUACAAAAAAUUUUGUGCAUAGUUCAAUGUUUAUUUGCAAACUCUUUUGUCUCAAGUGUGAAUCUCGGGCUUGUAGACCAGAAAUGUAAUCUCAUGCUACCUUAAGUCUGCUGACCAAUUGCUCACACCUGAUGAAAACCAGAAAACUUGCAUUUUUCAAAGCCUUGACUAAUUCAUUCGUAAAUAUGAAUGAAGUUUAUCAUAAAGGCUGUAGCCAGUCAAAGAGGAGAGAAGUCCUUGUUAAUUGAUGUUGCUCUUCCUAGAAAAUGUCAUAUUAGAAGGGAGACUUCUGAAGGUAAGGUUGUGUCACAACUCUUCCAAACAUUUUUGUAAAUUUUUGGAAUGACCUCGAACAGCUUCAGAUAUGACUGGUACCUCUGUGAAAAAGGUAAACUGAUGCCCAAAAUACAUGAAGUUGGUCUUCUGACAAUACAUUUAUUGCAGUCAGAACCAAAGUGACAAGAAAGUAUAGUUAUUACAUGGCAAAGAUAAGACAAAAACUUCCUUUUUUUAACCCAGCUGAAAAAAAUGAUCAUAAAAUGAGUUUAAAAAAAGUGGAGGGUGGUGGGAGCAUGGUAUAUCUCUAGCAAUUAUCUGGAACUGUAAACCUGUUUGUGUAAAAUACAGUGUGUAUUAUCCCAGUGAAAAACACAUUUAUAGUAGUUAUCCAUCAAAAGUUUUCAAUGAAAUGUUAGGCAAGGAGGAGAGGGGCCUUUCUUAACACAAGUUGGGGAAAUAAAGCCAAUUUCAUUGUUUUUUUGUUUUUAAUAUUAGUUUUUUUUUUCAAUCACAAAACUUGUUAUUUUAGCACCUCAAACAUAUCAAACCAAACUUCGUUGAUACACUUUUUUUAUACCACAGCUGUCUCAUUUACUGAUUGGUGUAUUUACCACUUAAUUAUCAGGAGCAAAGCAGAAAGCGGUGUGUUUCUCUUUGGUUGCUCUUUAGUAUUUGGCUAAUCACCUCUGAAAGGCACUAUUCACUUGAUAUUAUUGUGAAUUACCGCAGAGCUCUUUCAAUCUCAAAAAGGACAGCAAACAGAUAAUGAGAAUAUUCAAACUUAUCAGGUUGAAAUUAUCUUGAUCUAAAAGGAAAUUCUUGUAACUCGUUUGCAAUGAAAUGUGGGACAGCUUGAAGGGAGAAAACCAAAUUCUCAUGACUUGUUUGCAAGGAAAUGUGUAACAGCUAGAAGGAAGAAUUAUCAAUCGGAUCUUUGGAGUUAAAGGGUAAUUUCUUGACAAAGAGUGAAGCCACAUGUACCUUAUUUUUCUCCUCUGAUAUUCCCCUGUUUUGAAGUGCCCCCCUCCUCCACUGCACACUGCAUGGGCCUAUACAUUACAAUUCCAUGAUGGGAAGUAAAUGUACAUGUUUUCUUGAAGUACUAGAAUUUUGUGCUGGACAGUAUUACGUAUUGAAAUAUCGCUUGCAUUGUAUGCUGUACAUAAAAAAAGGGCACAAAUACACACACAGUUAGGCAACUAUUGAUUUUACAGCCUUAAAUGAUAAAUGCAACUAGUUAAAGCUUGUGAAUUGCAGAUUUACCCAAUUUUUUUUUUUUAGAGGAAUGCACCUUCGUUGCCAUCCACUGUCUUAGUAUAUACUAAUCCAAGCUAUAAUUACUACAAGCUACGAUAACAUAGGUUACCAAAAUUUCACUUCAAAAAUAUAAAAUAUUGAGCAUGGAAACGAAAAAAAUUGAAAGAGUUUGGUUAUUUUAGCAAUCAGUCAUCAUCAGUGUCUAUUUUUUGAAAGACAUGUUAUUACUUAAAAGUUAAAAUUAAUUGGUAGAAAAACGUCUCUUCGGAGAAGUAGAGAUACGAACUGUGCAGUAGUGCAAAGUGAAAGCUUAACUUGUUUGGUUCUUUUGUUAUUUUAGAUGAACUUAAUCCCUAUAAUCUCUGAAGUAUCAAAAUAAGCAGGUUUCUGUAGAAGGUGUUAACUUUAUAUAUGUUCAAAUUCUUUAAUUAUUCAAGAGAGAAAUUGCAAAAUACUUAGUGGGUCCUAGAAGUUGAAGUGCUGAGUUAUCCAGAAGAAAUACAAACGAAGAUGACAGUUAAGGGUUUUACUCAGGAAUUUUGAAUGCUGGCACAACAAUGAAAUGUCUUUUCUUAGCUCUUAUAUGUAAAUCAUUAUACUUUCUCGUUUGUUUGCUUUCGUUCUUAAGCAAUGUUCGCACUAAGCUGAGUUUUUGAACGGUCAAAGAAGAGACAUCAGCUGACGACUUUUAGCCGUUCAUUUUAAAUAACUUGGAAAUAUUUAUUGCAUCCUAGACAUCUACAGUUGGAAGAAAGUUUAACUGGUUCCUCCUAUAUAAUCUGUGUCCGCCCUGUGAAGAUCAUAGGCAAGUUUUCAAUUGAGCGUCGAAAAGUGAAGACCAAAGUAGUUACAACAACCAAUCUGAACAGAGGUUAACAUUAUCAUUAACCAUUGAGAACUCAAAGUAAAAACAAGUGACCUGCUCGAAGCACGGAAGACGCGGGUAACCCAAAGUUGGGAUCCGUUUCAGUUUUGCAUUUGAUUGGUUGAGACAAUAGCACGCAUUUUUUAGACCAAUCACUUACCGGGGUAAAGCAGAACCGAAGCAAUCCCCCAGUCCAAGAUCACUUUUGAUUAUCAAUUGAAAACUGCUCUAAAAUCUUUACUUUCCUUGUCUCGUCUCAGUGAUUACUAUCUUUUCCAAUAUGCAGUCUGCUUUGCGUGAUCGCAAACUAUUAAUCUAGUAUUUCCUUCGAUUUUUUCGAAGAUUUUUUAUGUUAAGCAAAAGUAACUCAACCUUGGAUUUGUUAAGUUAAUUCAGGAGUUGAAAUAAAUCACAUAUUAUAUAUGUUAAGGUUAUGAC